GUAACUAAAUGAAAUAACUUUUUAAAGCAUUUAUUUUUAUUUAAAUUCAAGUUUCGUCGUUCGCACGUGGCAAUUCCAACGCCAACGCACUGCAUAUUGAACUGCAGCGUGUGUCUAAAUUUCGAUAAAAAAGUUACGCUGCUCUUGAAAAUAUUUGCCAGCUGUGCACACGUGAAAGCCGCCGCUACAGUAACAAAGGCAACGUAAUUGUUGGGCAACGAAAUUUUAUGAAUAUUUCGUAGCAGCAGCAGUAGUCUGGAAAAAUAAAAGCAUGUCGAAGGCGAAAGGCAAAAAGAAGGAACGUUUUGAUGACGAAGACGAACAGCCAGAGAAAGUGAUCAAUAAUGAAAAGAAACAAGCUAACAAAAAGGGUAAGAAAGGCAAGCGUGGUGGCGACUCCAGCGACGAAGAGCAACUACCCAGUCAAACUGCAAAGGCAAUAGACGAUGAUGCGGAUGACCUAGAGAGCAUUAGAUCGUCGCAGAGCAAGCAGAAACAAAAGAAAGCUGCCAAAAAGGGAAAGAAAGGCAAGCGCACCGAUGACUGGAGUGAUGAUGAGCAGACGCCAACCAAGGUAAACAGCGAUCAAUCAGAUGACGACGAGAGUGAAGCCAAGCCUGUGGCCAAGAAACAACAACAGCAGCUGCAAAACAAAAAGAGUAAAAAGAACAAGAAGAAGGCAACGAAAGAUGAUUUUAGUGACGACGACGAUGACAACGACAACAAGAAAGUGACCGUUGAGGCGGAGAGUAACGGUGAAAGUGAGCCUGAGCAAUAUAUAUCCAAGCCUGUUAAUAAAAAGAACAAAAAGAAGCAACAGCAAGUGAAUAAGUUUGUCAUGAGCGAUGAGGAUGAUGAUGAUAUUGAUGAAAAGGAAGAGGAGGAGGAUGAUGAUGAAAAGGAAGAGGAGGAGGUGUCUGAACCUGAACAAGCACCAGAAAUUAUUGAAACAGCAGCCAAAACAUCAAAUAAAAAGCAACUAAAGAAUAAAUUUGAUGUAAACGAAGAUGAAGCUGAAUCUGUAGAGAAAGAGGUAGAAGAGGUAAAGGCAGAACCUAUGGAGCUAGAACAGCUUGAUGAAAAGCUAGAAGCUGUGACGCUGGAGGAAAACAAAGUGGAGGAGAAAGUGAAAGCUGAACCAGCACAACAGGAAAAGGUGACCAAUGAAAAGAAGCUUACGCAUAAAGAGAAAAAGCAGCAGAAGAAGCAACAGGAAUACGAACGUCAAAUGGAGCUAAUGACUAAAAAGGGUGGCGCCGGUCACUCGGAUCUGGACAAUAAUUUCACCAUGUCGCAAGUGCAAAAGAGUGCCGGCCAGCAGGCAGCACUGGAGCAUGCAGUCGAUAUUAAAAUUGAGAAUUUCACAAUUUCAGCUAAAGGCAACGAUUUGUUUGUGAAUGCGAAUUUAUUGAUCGCCCAUGGCCGACGCUAUGGUCUGGUGGGUCCCAAUGGUCACGGCAAGACAACGCUGCUGCGUCAUAUAGCGACGCGUGCAUUUGCCAUACCGCCCAACAUAGAUGUGCUGCUUUGCGAACAGGAGGUGGUGGCCACUGAUAAGACGGCCAUAAAUACCAUACUGGAGGCGGAUGUGAAGCGCACUGAAAUGUUGAAGAAGUGCGAGCAGCUGGAGAAGCAAUUUGCUGAGGGAGAUAUGAGCGUGCAGGAGGAGUUAAAUGACACUUUUGCUGAGCUUAAAGCCAUUGGCGCUUACUCCGCAGAGGCGCGUGCACGUCGCAUAUUGGCUGGUUUGGGAUUCAGCAAGGAAAUGCAAGAUCGUCCAACCAAUAAAUUCUCUGGAGGUUGGCGUAUGCGUGUCUCCUUAGCACGUGCACUCUAUCUGGAGCCCACGUUGCUUAUGCUGGAUGAGCCGACAAAUCAUUUGGAUUUAAAUGCUGUCAUUUGGCUGGACAACUAUCUGCAGGGCUGGAAGAAAACGCUGCUCAUAGUAUCCCACGACCAGAGCUUUUUAGACAAUGUCUGCAAUGAGAUUAUUCAUUUGGAUCAGAAGAAGCUGCAGUACUACAAGGGCAACUACUCUAUGUUCAAGAAGAUGUAUGUGCAGAAGAGACGUGAGAUGAUCAAGGAGUAUGAGAAGCAGGAGAAGCGCCUGCGUGAGCUAAAGGCUCAUGGUCAGUCCAAGAAGGCUGCCGAAAAGAAGCAAAAGGAGACGCUUACGCGCAAACAGGAAAAGAAUAAGUCCAAGCAACAGAAACAGGACGAAGACGAUGGUCCUCAGGAAUUGCUUGCACGCCCCAAGGAAUAUAUAGUUAAAUUUCGCUUCCCGGAGCCAUCACAGCUUCAGCCGCCUAUAUUGGGCGUGCACAAUGUCACCUUUGCCUUUGAUGGCCAAAAGCCACUUUUUAUUAAGGCUGAUUUUGGCAUCGAUCUGACCAGCCGUGUGGCUAUUGUGGGACCAAAUGGCGUGGGAAAAUCCACGUUUCUCAAACUGCUGCUGGGCGAGCUGCAGCCACAGCAGGGCGAACAGCGCAAGAAUCAUCGCCUGCAUGUGGGACGCUUUGAUCAGCAUUCUGGUGAGCACUUGACUGCGGAGGAAUCAGCUGCGGAGUAUUUGCAGCGUUUGUUUAAUUUGCCGCACGAGAAGGCGCGCAAAGCCUUGGGAUCUUUUGGUUUGGUGAGCCAUGCGCACACAAUUAAGAUGAAGGAUCUGUCCGGUGGACAGAAAGCGCGCGUUGCGCUUGCCGAACUGUGCCUUAGUGCGCCCGACGUGCUCAUACUUGAUGAGCCCACAAAUAAUUUGGACAUUGAGUCCAUCGAUGCCUUAGCCGAGGCCAUCAAUGAGUAUGAGGGCGGCGUCAUUAUAGUCUCUCACGACGAGCGACUUAUACGCGAGACUGGUUGCACCCUAUAUGUGAUUGAAGAACAGCGCAUCAAUGAGAUCGAUGGCGAGUUCGAUGAUUAUCGCAAGGAAGUGCUCGACUCACUGGGCGAGGUGGUUAACAAUCCCAGCGUGGUAGCCAAUGCAGCUGUGCUGCAGUAACAACGGAUCUGUUUAUAUGUUAACAAUUGCAAAACCUCUUCACUAGUUAGCCUUUUAUAUAUAACGAUAGUAUAUUGUGGGGUAGCCCAAUAAACCAAGUACAUAUGUUAAAAUAUUUGAGAAAUUGUACACAUGCACACACACACACAUAGCACCAACAAAAGUCAUAUAUAAAAUCUUAUUAAAUAAAUAUAUAAGUGCGUUCAGGCUAGCCGCAACGGUAAAA